UAGAAUAUAUACGUCAUCAUCUUUAAACUCUUUGAUGACUUUAUCUCAUCGCUGCUAUAAAAGUUCUGCGCUUCACUGUGAAUUCAUACCAAGACCAAGAAAGACUUUGCGUGUGUUGCCUUCGUUGCAUUGCGACUUCCUUCCUUCCUUCCUUCCUUCCUUCCUUCCUUCCUUCUGAGCAGAAACCUGAGCAGGUGACAAUGCGGUGCCUCCUUUGGCCGUUUGCCCUCCUGGGAGCGCUUUGCAGCAGUGGUCCGGCGAGCGCUCUGGAGAUCGGCGUGAACGGCGAGCACUACCACGCCGCCAGGGGGUCAAAUGUCCAGCUGGCCUGCCCGUACACUCACACCGUGACCACCACGCAGUACACAGAGAUCAUGUGGAGUAUUGUGUCCGGACCAGAAGAGAGGCACGUCAUUUGGUUCACCGACGGCCACUUGUAUCCUGAUCUGGACAAAGCACUGGAGGGCAGGGUCCACUUCACAUCGUUCGAUCCCCACAACGGAGACGCUUCCAUCAUCAUCAGAGACCUUCGUCUCUCAGACUCCGGGACGUACCGGUGCUUCGUGAAGAAGUUACCGGAACUGGACCUUAAGAGCGUGGAGCUGACUGUCAUGGAGGCGCCCGGUAGGCCUCAGUGCAGUGUGGACGGGGAACUUGCGGGAGGCGACGACGUGACGCUGAAAUGCAAAUCCUCGCACGGCAGCCACCCUCUGAGGUACACCUGGGCCAAGACCAGCGGAAACCAGGUCUUGCCUGCUAAUGCCGUCGUUGACACCGUGGGAGGCACCUUGCGUGUGGACAACACCAGCGAGCGGGACUGCGGGCACUAUCGUUGCACGGCGGACAGCAUGGUGGACACCCAACACUGCGAGCUUGUCCUCAAGUGUCCGCCGCUGUCCCAACCACACACCGACGUCGACAGUCCGCAGUUGCUUUCGACCACCGCAGUCGCCUCCAUUGCUAUCGUCGUCACCAUCAGCGUGGUCGGCCUUAUCGCCAUCGCCGCUGCCUUCUACUGGCACCGAAAAAAGAAGACAUUAUUGGAACCCAGCAACACAAUAGCUAUAUAAUAGAUGCGCUUCCCGUUCCAAGCAUAAAGAUAUCUGUUGUAUUUUGGACUUUUUAGUCUUUUAUUGGGUGGCACGGUGCUCGACUGGUUAGAGCGUCAGCCUCACAGUUCUGAGGACCGGGGUUCAAUCCCCGGCCCCGCCCGUGUGGAAUUUGCAUGUUCUCCCCGUUCCUGCGUGGGUUUUCUCCGGGCACUCCGAUUUCCU